GGAGAGAGAGAGAGAGAGAGAGAGUUUCAGAAAAGAAGCGAUGUCUUCGACAUCAUCGUUGUGUUACAAGCAUUUAUGGUUUUUGAUACCACUUCUGGCGGCAGCGGUGGCGGGGGUGGUGGUUUUCGUGGGUCCUAAGGUGUCGAUGUUUUCUUCCAACUCUAGUUACUUAUUACAGGAUUACUUGCGUACGAGGUUUCUAAACGAUGCCCCUCUGAAAUAUCAUAAUUCCAACGACUCUACGAAAUCUUUUACCAUUGAUGAUGGAUCUAACCAAAAACCAGUAAGAAAUGAAGACAAGUAUCGAAAUUUUACGAGAACAUACAGUAGUUUGGAGAUGGUGGAAGCCGAUCUCGCACAAACCCGAGACGCCAUUAGCCAAGCCAAAAAAGGUGGAAAUGAAACACGAGACCCCGAUCCCGAUUAUGUCCCUGAUGGACCAAUGUAUUGGAAUCCCAAAGUCUUUCACAGGAGCUAUUUGGAAAUGGAGAAGAAAAUGAAGGUGUUUGUUUACGAAGAAGGGGACCCACCAGUGUUCCAUUUCGGUCCCUGUAAGCAUACGUAUGCGAUAGAGGGAAUCUUCAUUUCAAAUAUGGAAGUUAGCAGAUUUCGGACAAUGGACCAAGACAAAGCUCAUUUGUUCUUCCUUCCAUUCAGCGUAACAAUGAUAACACAGGUGAUAUACGUGAAAGAUUCCCAUGAAUGGGGUUUAAUGAAAAAUGCAGCUUCGGAUUACGUCAAUGUCAUUGCUCAGAAGCAUCCUUACUGGAAUCGAAGCCUUGGUGCUGACCAUUUCAUGCUUGCUUGCCAUGACUGGGGGCCUGAGAUCUCAUUCGCAGUCCCCAAUCUAUACAAGAACGCAAUCCGAGCAUUAUGCAACGCCAACACAUCGGAGAGAUUCGACCCCUCCCGCGACGUGUCCAUACCAGAAAUCCAUCUCCCGGGCGGCACUACGCAGGGCAUUAUCGGCGGUCCGCCGCCGUCCAAGCGGCCGAUACUUGUGUUCUACGCCGGCGGAGUACACGGACCGAUCCGGCCGAUACUCCUCGAGCACUGGGAAAACAAGACCGACCCCGACGUGCAAAUCUACAGAUACCUCCCGAAAAAUAUGUCCUACUACGGGAUGAUGAGGAAGAGCCGGUACUGCAUAUGCCCCAGCGGGUACGAGGUGGCGAGUCCGAGAAUGGUGGAGGGGCUUUAUCUGGGCUGCGUGCCGGUUCUGAUAAAGGACAGUUACGUAAUUCCGUUCAGCGAUGUACUGAACUGGGAGACUUUUGCGGUGAUUGUUCCGGUGAGAGAUAUCCCCAAUUUGAAGAAGAUAUUGACCGGAAUUUCUUCAAAGGAGUAUAUGAAGAUGCAGAGAAGGGGGGUUCAGAUGAGGCGCCAUUUUGAGAUCAAUUCGCCGCCGAAGAGAUACGAUGUUUUUCAUAUGAUUCUGCAUUCGAUUUGGCUGAGAAGGCUCAAUAUCCGCCUCCAUGAAAACGAAUACGAUCACUGACAACCUUUUUUUUGAAUUAGGCGGUUUAAAUUAAUUUUCCAGGA